AUGGAAAUUGUUUCUCAGUAUUAUUCAACGAAACAUUCAUUCUGUGAUAUUUGCGGAAAAAAGUCAUUUGGAUUUAAUUAUGGGGCUCACUCUUGCAAUGCUUGUAAAAUGUUUUUCCGUCGUGCUCUGAGCACUAGAAAAAUACUUCAAUGCUCAAAAAAUGGGAAUUGCUCAACAAUCGCCGUGGAAACGGAAAAAUUCUGUCGCUUUUGCCGUUUUCACAAAUGCAUUCUCGCUGGAAUGAUCCUCGUAGAUUUCGAUCCAAUAGAAGUUAAAAUCGACUCAAAAAUUCAAGAUGAACUAACAAUAAUCAUCAAGAAAUUACAAGUUAUGGAUUCAGUUCGGGAGAAUACUUUCCGAAAUUGUAAAGUUCGUUCCGACUUGACAAUUGAAGACAUUUUCCAAAAAGGAAAGUUCAAAUUUGAGAUGAAGCCUCCGGGUACAGUAAUUGAUUUUUACAAUUGGGGAGUUAUGAAUCACUUGACUUGCAUCAGUUUUGCUCGGAAAUUGAAUUUUAUGAAAUAUUUGUCAAGUGAAGAUAUUAAAUCAAUUUUCAAAAGUUCUCAUCUUCCAUUUAUGCUUCUUGUAACUGCAAUGCAUUCAUUUUCAAGAAAAUCUGCACAAAUGGUUCAUCCAGAUGGAACUGACGUUUUCCAACAGAAAUACAAAAUCAAAUUGGAAAAUAUAAUGCAUAUUUUCUCAAUGAAAUCCGAUGUUAUCUUAUAAAUCGACUUAUUGAAAUCAAUAUUUCAAUGGAAGAAUUUCUGCUUUUGAGUGUCAUUGUUUUAUGCAAUCCAGGUAAAACAAACUAACAGCACCAAACAUGUCAAAAUCUGGAGCAAUGAUUCUAACAGAAUAUCAAAAGAAAUACAGCAACACACUUUUUCACUAUUGCCGUACAGUCAAUACAAAGUAUGGACCAUCCCGUUACAUUGAGAUUAUAUCUUUAAUUAACGUUAUCUUAAAAACUAAAUCUGAUGUUGAUAAUUUCUCAAAUAUUUUUCAUGUUAUUCAACCAGAAGAUGUUAAGUCAAAUCUUUUCUCUGAUAUUCUUUUAUUUUUGUUGGCUUGA